GGGACUGGGGCUGCAAGGACUCAGGCGGAACAGCUGGCCGGAGCUGCACAUCUGCCUGGAGAGAAACGACUCCUACGUCGGCCGGCCGCCCUCGCUCUCCUAGCUCUCUCGGUGCUCGCCGCUGCCAUGUGGGGCGCGCUGAGGUCAGCUCUGCAGCCCUGCGCUCGGGCCGCGGUCUCCCGGUCGCGCGCCUAUCACGGGGACUCGGUGGCCCGACUAGGCACCCAGCCUGACUCGGGCUCCUCCACCUACCAGGAGAACUAUGAGCAGAUGAAAGCUCUCGUGAGUCAACUUCAUGAACGAGCCCAGUACGUAAGACUAGGAGGCAGCGAGAAAGCCCGGGCCCGGCACACAUCAAGAGGAAAACUGCUACCCAGAGACAGAAUCGACAAUCUCAUAGACCCAGGGUCUCCCUUUCUGGAAUUCUCCCAGUUUGCAGGUUACCAGUUGUACGGCGACGAGGAAGUCCCUGCAGGUGGCAUCAUUACGGGCAUUGGACGAGUGUCCGGGGUAGAAUGCAUGAUUGUGGCCAACGAUGCCACCGUCAAAGGAGGCUCCUACUACCCGGUGACUGUGAAGAAGCACAUACGGGCACAAGAGAUCGCACUGCAGAACAGGCUCCCGUGCAUCUACCUGGUUGACUCGGGAGGGGCCAACUUACCCCGGCAAGCAGACACCUUUCCAGACCGGGACCACUUUGGACGCAUAUUCUAUAAUCAGGCAAUUAUGUCUUCUGAAAAUAUCACUCAGAUAGCUGUGGUCAUGGGCUCCUGUACGGCAGGAGGCGCGUAUGUGCCUGCAAUGGCUGAUGAGAACAUCAUCGUACGGAAGCAGGGUACCAUCUUCUUAGCUGGACCACCCUUGGUGAAGGCAGCUACUGGUGAAGAGGUGUCUGCUGAGGACCUUGGAGGUGCUGACCUUCAUUGCAGAAAGUCUGGGGUCACUGACCACUACGCUUUGGACGACCACCAUGCCCUCCACUUAACAAGGAAGGUUGUGAGGAGUCUCAAUUAUCAGAAGAAAUUGGACGUUACCGUCGAGCCUUCUGAGGAGCCGUUAUUCCCCGCCGAUGAAUUGUAUGGGAUAGUCGGUGCGAACCUUAAGAGAAGUUUUGAUGUCCGAGAGGUCAUUGCCAGAAUUGUGGAUGGGAGCAGAUUCAAUGAGUUCAAGGCCUUCUAUGGAGACACACUAGUUACAGGAUUUGCUCGAAUAUUUGGAUACCCCGUAGGCAUCGUUGGAAACAAUGGAGUUUUGUUUUCUGAAUCUGCAAAAAAGGGUGCUCACUUCGUCCAGUUGUGCUGCCAAAGAAAUAUCCCCCUGCUGUUCCUCCAGAACAUCACCGGAUUCAUGGUUGGUAGAGACUAUGAAGCCGAAGGGAUCGCCAAAGAUGGUGCCAAGAUGGUGGCUGCUGUAGCCUGUGCCAAAGUGCCCAAGAUAACCGUCAUUAUUGGGGGAUCCUAUGGGGCUGGAAACUAUGGGAUGUGCGGCAGAGCCUAUAGCCCGAGAUUUCUCUACAUGUGGCCAAAUGCCCGUAUCUCAGUGAUGGGAGGAGAGCAGGCAGCCGCCGUGCUAGCCACCGUGGCAAGAGACCAGAAAGCGCGGGAGGGAAAGCAGUUCUCCAGUGCUGAAGAGGCAGCUUUGAAAGAGCCCAUCAUCAAGAGGUUUGAAGAGGAAGGAAACCCUUAUUACUCCAGUGCAAGGCUGUGGGACGAUGGGAUUAUUGAUCCCGUGGACACCAGGCUGGUUCUGGGACUUAGCAUCAGUGCAGCCCUCAAUGCGCCAAUCCAGAAGACCAACUUCGGCAUCUUCAGGAUGUAACCCAGAUAUGGAACGUGUUGACACAUGUACACAUGCCACAUGCACACAAAUUAACAUGUGUGACUAAGUCCUAAAAGUUGAGAUUGACUCGACACAUAGCUGUCAUGGAAAUUCUUUUCUUAAUUUUUUUAAUUGUAAAAAUCAACGAGAAUAACUACUUGAUGAGCUUUGGUUUUUUUAAAAAUUUUGGAGACAUUUUCCGUGGCUCAUUUUUAUCACCCAUGAAAUGAAGAGAGUGAUUUGCAAUUAUCCUUGGAGUAUUAAAAACAGUAUGGAAAAUAAAACUCUAAAUCUAUACAUUCUAUGGUUGUUGAGAUGAUUAAUAUAAAACUAUAUUACCCCUGAA